GUUGACGAGCAACGACUAGCGUAUGAUGAACUCACAUGACGUUGAAAGUUAUUAUAGUGAGUUAUAAUAUGUCGAAGCAAAUUGUGUAUAAAAACAUUCAAAUGAAAACUAUGAACGUUUCUUAAGACUAUUCUAACGUUUUAAACAAAAAUGACGUGAAUUUGGGUUGAUUUUAACAAUGGGUCAAAGGGAAUCUAAGAUUAGCUUUUUCUCGUACGAAGAAGUACAAAGACGAGUGAAUGAAGACGAACUGAAACGGUUACGGCUAGCGUUCAAACGGAUCGCUGGUGCUAGUGGUGCUAUGGGAAAAUCGUUGUUUCUGCGUGAAGUUCUGGGUGAAAGUGUUCCAGCCAAGUUAGCAGAACAAAUGUAUUUUGCCUUCGGAGGGAACAGUAAAGGUAUUGGUUUCAAGGACCUUCUCUGUGGUCUUGCAUUAUUAACUCGAGGUUCCUUAAUGGACAAAUUACGAUUCAUAUUUGAGAUCUAUUCAAGUGAUGGUAAUCAUGUGUCUCAGGAUGAUAUGGAAAGUCUUCUCCUUGUAUCUGAAGGAGGCAGAGUACCUGAUUCAAUCAGACAGCUUUUUGCUUUAAGUGAGAAAAUAACCUCCCAAGAUUUUUGCGAUUGGUUGAGAAGACAUCCUGAUUCCAUCACACUGUCAAAAUGGUUGAUUAAACAAGGCAAUGGUUUACAAUUGACAGACUAUGGAGAAACACCCACGUUUUAUCAAACACUUGCUAACUUUACUGGCUUGCAAGAGUUGGACAUCAUUGAAUUGGAGAAAAGAUAUUGGUAUUUAAAGUCUGGAACAAAAACUGGAAAGUUUGAUUUGGAAACCUUCAUACCACUCGUGUCAUCUUGUGUUUCUGACUCUCUUGCCAAGGCUCUCUUUAAUGCUUUUGAUGAAAAUGAAGAUGGUCAUAUUGACUUCCGCGAGAUUGCGUGUGGAAUUUCAACAUGUUGCCGAGGGCCAGUUGCUGAAAGAUUUGCCUUUACAUUCAAGAUCUUUGAUAUGGAUCGGGAUGGGCUGCUUUCCGUGGACGAAAUUAGAACAAUGAUUAAAAUUAUGAUUGACCUGAAGUCGGAAAAUAUUCCUCAUUCAUCCACGGCUCAAACAGAAACUGAAAUCGAUGCAGAAAUCUUGGUCACAGAAAUUUUAAGCGAUUUCAACACGGAUAAGGAUGGUUUCUUGACGCUAGAUGACUACAAGAAAUGGGCGACAUCUCAAACACUCUCUCGUUUCGUCCUGGAUAUCUUAUUCCAGAUAUGUCAUGUAGUAUUUGGCUUACGACCAGCAACACGAAAGGACGAAUAUCAAGUGAUAUGGGGUUGGUUGGAUCGGGAAAAUUUUCGAGGUUUACGACCUGGUACCACCUGGUAUAUCGUCGCCAUGGACUGGUGGAAAAGAUGGAAGGAGUUCAUUGGGAAGCAGAAAUCGACUGUGGCCCGUAGUUUAUCCACUAGUGCACUUGAAAAGAAUGGGGUAAGUCCGCUGUCCAGUACACCCUCAUCAACUACGAGUCAAGCGUGGGAUAAAAUGGAGAGCUCUCAGCGUAAAGGGAUGGUUGGUAGGAGGUUAUCACAACCACAGCGCUCUGUUGCACCAUUGGUUGACGUAAAUGGGGUUAACAUUACGAAGCCUGGUACCAUAGAUAACUCAUGGCUGGUUGAAUCAGACUUUCGCAAGAUUCAAUCGCUGACAGCUGACGGUGGUAAAUUGAAAUGUUCCGUGCCAUUGGUCCGAGGAAGAGAUUUUGAAAUUGUUCCUGAAUCUGUUUGGAAGGCCCUCGUUCAAUGGUACACAGGCUCACCAGCCUUACCAAGAAAUGUUAUCGUUUCAAACGAUGGUGAUCCCUCGCCGGUUUUAGAGCUUUUCCCCAGACUUCUUCUUCUUUAUCGCCAUGUUCAACCAGCAGCUAAAAACAGCUUUACGUCAUGGUCAGGCGUAGGAUUUGCUCUGAGUGGCCUAAAUUUUGGCACGUCCUCUGCUGGGGCUGUUCCUCAGAUGAUCACACCGAAACGACAGCUUAGUUACACCGCCGUCUUCAGCAGAAUGAACACCUUGCAACAGCUGUUUGAUUUUCUUUGUCAAAGACUUCGACUGAGGCAAGAAGAUGUUCGGCUUUGGAACAUGGCUGAUGAGAGCAACCUUCAGCUCCUGGACGAAGACCAGUUUCCUCAGACACUAGAGGCAUUAGGAAUUGUCGAUCAACAUCCUAUACUUAUUGAAAUUCGUAAUCGUGAUAUGAGUUGGCCUGAGGAAAUGACGUCAUUGGCGUUAAAUAAAGCAAUUCAGGACAAACGACCGCAUGGCAGGGGUAUGACUGGCUUAAGUAAUCUUGGAAAUACGUGUUUCAUGAAUUCAGCAAUCCAGUGUAUGAGUAAUACAGUACCGCUGACCAACUAUUUCACGGAUCGCUAUCACCUUUACGAAUUGAAUAAAACAAACCCACUUGGCAUGAAAGGUAAUAUAGCCAAACGAUAUGGAGAGGUGGUACAAGAUCUGUGGAGCACCAGUUAUAGAUCAAUUGCACCCUUAAGAUUAAGGUGGACGAUUGGCCGGUAUGCGCCUCGUUUUAACGGUUUUCAACAACAAGAUUCUCAGGAAUUCUUGGCAUUUCUACUUGAUGGUUUGCAUGAAGAUCUUAACAGAGUUCAUAGCAAGCCUUAUGUUGAAUUGAAAGAUAGUGAUGGCCGACCUGAUAAAGAGGUUGCAAAGGAGGCGUGGGAUAAUCACCUUAAAAGAAAUAAAUCGAUCGUCGUGGAUUUAUUCCAAGGCCAGUUAAAAAGUUGUGUACGAUGUUUACAAUGCAGUCACAUCAGCGUUCGUUUUGAUCCAUACACCUUCUUGUCCCUGCCGAUUCCUAUGGAUAACUCUAUCUAUGUCGAAUGUAUUGUUGUCACUCUCGAUGGUUCUGUUCCGAUUAAAUAUGGUUUACUGUUAAACACAGACGACAACUAAGAUGUUAAAAAACAGCUGGCGAAACUUUGUUCUUUAACUCCCAGUCAACUUUUAAUGGCUGAGCUACUUGGUGCAUCUAUUAAGGGUCAACCUUUGGAUAGUCAAAAAGUUCGUUCAAGCCUAUCAGGGAUCUUGUACGCAUUCGAGAUUCCUACCCCACCGGUAGUUGUGGAGAAUUCGCCUCCGAACAUAGCACUUGUAUCCUCUGGUGAAGCUUCCGAAAAUUUAAGUACAGAGGGUUGCAUAUCCGGCCAUAACGACAACGAUGGAUGUGACACGAACUCCUCUGACACGAAACGCUCUGAAAGUCACCCUUGUGAUACUCGUCGCGCUGAACUCGUACGAAGUCCUAGUCGGAGUAGCAGCGAGAGAAGCUAUAGUGGGACGCUAAAACUACCCUGUCUUAGUCGACAAACCUCGGACGACGAUGAAGACACUAUAGAAGUCGGUUCCGAAGUGUCUAAGAGAAACAACGUAGGAUUAUUAAAACAAUUAAGUCCCAGGUUUAUGCGGAAACUCACCGGUAAGAAAUCGGCGAACCAUUGGAAUACGACAGAAGCCGGGAAUACGACGGUGGAGUUGUCUUCCUACUCUGGUCAACCGUCUGCCAGUGUUCAAUCAACUCCUGGUCACUCGCGAAAUACAAGCAUUUCAUCGGCGAAUUCCGGAAAUUCAGUGCAUACUGGAAUACAUUUGGCUGGCCAGACUUGCGGAUAUUUGAUAGGACUUCAUCGAAAACUGAUGAGGAUGGAUGUUUAUUUCAUAGCACCUCAAAAGAAUCGUCCAAGUUUGUUUGGUUGUCCCCUCAUCAUUCCUUGUAUUCCAGGCACUAAGAACAGCGAGUUAUAUUUAAGUGUUUGGCAGCAAAUAUCACGGUUCGUUAGUGUCCCAUCGCCUGGAGAUGAACUAUCGUCUAACAGGCAGAAUGGAUAUCCUUUCGAGUUGAAGGUCGUCACUGAAAGUGGUCUUUCGUGCGCUUUGUGCCCUUGGUUUAAGUUCUGUCGCGGUUGUACUAUAGAAUGCAAUGAUGAACAGUUUAACUGCAAUUGUCAAUAUCUUGCCAUUGAGUGGGAGCCCACCACGUUACAUUUAAGAUAUCAGUCAUCGCAAGAAAAGGUGUUCACGGAACACGCAAGUGUCGAGCAAAGUCGUCGUCUUCAGACGGAACCCAUCGACCUUUAUGAAUGUUUUAAAGCGUUCACAAAAGAGGAAGAAUUAGGAGAAGAUGAAUUGUGGUAUUGUUCCAAAUGUAAGAAACAUCAAUUAGCAAGUAAAAAGUUGGAUAUCUGGAGCUUACCUCCGAUAUUGAUAAUACACUUGAAACGAUUUCAAUUUAUGAACGGACGGUGGGUGAAGUCGAACAAAAUCGUAAAUUUUCCAAUGGAGACAUUUGAUCCAUCGGAAUUCGUCGUAAAACGGACAACGACGAGUAAUGUGUGCGAGGAUAGUACAUUUGUAAGAACAGUGAACGUUCAAACAGCAGCCGAAGAAAUCUUGGAGCAUGGUAAAGAAUCUGGAUGUCCAGUGGUUCUUGAAACAGAUUGCGACAAGAAUCAUUUAAUCUCAGAACGGCAGCACAAAGAAUCCAGUGAUUCAGGCUUGUCGUCGAAUUCUUCGGGUUAUUCCAGUAACGAGUCGUGUGUUGUAACCGGGGGUAUUCCUGAUAUCAAUGAAGAUUCUGACUGCUCAUCGCAAUCAGCCACGGAGAAAUACUCUGAAAGACAUUUAAAGGAGGGCAAACAUCCUUGCUGUGCAGAAAAACAUUCCGUUGAUGGAAACUCUGACAAAGUCCGCGCGCUUGAUAAAACUUCGAGUGAAACAAGAGGGAAGAACGGUUCGAGUGAAGACUGUAAGAAAGAUAAUCAUUAUGACCAGGCACCUGUAAAGACUGAUUUCGAUGACACGUCCAGUUGUUCAUCCUCAAGUAAGACAAGUGAUGUCAACUGUGUCGCAAUAAAUAGUGUAGAUACUUUUGACGUGGAAUCUUCUGGUAUUGCCGAAAAGAACGUGAAAGGCGAUAAUGAAAACGAUACGUCACGAAUGUUGUACAAUUUAUAUACCAUAUCUAGUCACACAGGCGUGAUGGGAGGUGGUCAUUAUGUUUCUUUUUCGAAAAAUCCGAACUCGAAGUGGUAUUGUUUUAAUGACAGCAGUUGCAAGGAGACCAGCCCAGAUCGGGUCGAAAAGGAAUCGCCAUAUUUGUUAUUUUACGAGCGUGUUGGUAUGGACCAUAAAAACUUUCAACCCGACAUUCACGACCGCAAUCCAGAUUGCUCAAAUGACGAGGAUGAGAUUGAUAAUGAAAUAAAGAAAGCAUGUGUACUUCAGUAAAUAAUUAAAUAAUGUAUUUCGUUCGUGUAAUAUAUGAAUGCUUGUUCGAUAUGAAAGAUCGUGUAGAAUUACGUGGACCAAGGGUUACUUGAAUACAUAAAUCUUGACGCCAGGAUGUUGAACAAUUGUAAAUGUUGUAAAUCGUGUUGAUGUUCCGCUCGUGCUGAAUUGGUUUGCCCUACCCGCUGAUGACAAUUCUCUUUGAGAAUCUAAAUAUAACUAUUG